ACAUUUCUCCAUCUCUCAUUCUCUCUGUCUCUCUCUCUCUCUCUCUCUCUCAGUAAAAUGGCACAGGCCAGUAUUUCAGUAGAAUUUUCUGUGGAUCAGUUCAGCUGUUCAGUGUGUGUGGAUCUUCUGAAGGAUCCAGUGACUACUCCCUGUGGCCACAGUUUCUGUAAGGUGUGUAUUAAUGGUCACUGGGAUCAGGAGGAUGUGAAGGGUGUCUUCAGCUGCCCCCAGUGUAGAGAGACUUUCACUCCAAGACCUGUUCUACGCAGGAACAACAUGCUGACUGAAGUGGUGGAGAAACUGAAGAAGACUGAACUCCAAGCUGCUUCUCCUGCUCACUGUUACACUGGACCUGGAGAUGUGGAGUGUGAUUCCUGCACUGGGAGAAAACACAAAGCCGUCAAGUCCUGUCUGGUUUGUCAGGCCUCCUAUUGUGAAGAUCAUCUUCAACCUCACUAUCAGUCUCCUGCCUUUAAGAAGCACAAGUUAGUUGAAGCCUGUGCAGAGCUCCAAGAGAAGAUCUGCUCUGAACAUGACAAACUGAUGGAGAUCUACUGUCGUACUGACCAAAGCUUCAUCUGUUACUUGUGUAUGAUGGAUCAACACAAAAGCCAUGAUACUGUUUCAACUAAAACAGAAAGAACUGAAAAACAGAAUGAGCUAAAGGAGGAGCAGAUGAAAUUCCAGCAGAGGAUCCAGGAGAAGGAGAAGAAGGUGCAGGAGCUGAAACAGACUGUGGACAUUAUUAAGAUGCGUUCACAGGCAGCAGUAGAUGACAGUGAGAGGAUCUUCAGUGAGCUGAUCAGCUCCAUGGAGAAAAAGCGCUCUGAGGUGAUGAAGCUGAUCAGAACUCAGGAGAAAGCUGAAGUGAGUCGAGCUGAACGACUCCUGAAUCAACUGGAGCAGGAGAUUGCUGAUCUUAAGAGGAGAGUCACUGAGCUGGAGGAGCUUUCACACACACACGAUCACAUCCACUUCCUCCAGAGUUUCCCGUCUCUCUGUGUCUCUCCUGGAUGUGAAGACUCACCCAGCUUCACUGUCAAUCAACAUCUCUCAUUUGAUGGAGUGAGGAAAUCUCUCUCAGAUCUGAAAAAACGAGUCGAGCAAAUCUGUGAGGAGGAAUUCAACAAAAUCCGUCCACAAGCUGCAGCAGUUCAGAUGAUUUUAUCCUUAGAACCAAAGAGCAGAGAAGAUUUUCUGCCGUAUUUCUGUUAUCUGACUCUGGAUCCAAACACAGAACAUCCUCAUCUCAUUCUGUCUGAGAAGAACAGAGUGGUGACAUGCAGCAAGACAAAACAGCGAUACUCUGAUCAUCCAGAGAGAUUUGACUGCAGGACUCAGGUGUUGUGUAAGGAGAGUGUGUGUGGACGCUGUUACUGGGAGGUGGAGAGGAGAGGUGAUGUGUUCAUAUCAGUCUCAUAUAAACAGAUCAGCAGGAAAGGAUGGGGUUAUGAGUGUGGGUUUGGACUCAACAGUCAGUCCUGGAGUCUGGAGUGUUUUUCUUCCUCUGUCUCUUUCCGGCACAACAACAUUAAGACUGAGCUCCGAGGUCCAGCAUCCUCCAGAAUAGGAGUGUAUGUGGAUCACAGUGCAGGAACUCUGUCCUUCUACAGCGUCUCUGACACGAUGAGGCUCCUCCACAGAGUCCACACCACAUUCACUCAGCCUCAGUACGCUGGGUUCAGGAUAUGGAGUUAUAAGUCAUCUGUUAGGUUAUGUGAUCCAUAAUGAAAUGUUGGUAAAAGUGUUUAUUAAAAUUAUAACUGAGGUGUGAGAUUUAAUUUCUCCCUGAGCUACACUGGACAUUUUGUGUACAGAAACUGGAACAGUAAUGAAUGCAGAAUGUAGGAUGUUUCUAGAAAGAAGAAAUGUUCUCAAACAGACUAUUUAACUGUAUGCACUAUUAGGAGGAUUUAUUAUCCUGAUAUGAAACAUUACAAUGUCUUACAUUUUUUUAUUUUUACUGUUUCAUUAGAAAUAAAAAAAAAAAACCCUACUCAAACUGCUGCAUCUUUCUGUGCUGCUGGUGGAAACACAUCCUACUGUGUAACAGUAUUAUUUUAGAGUCCAGUUAUCACAUAGUGUACUCUGAAAUUAUUUAGACUCCUUACUCAUUCUGCAAAACAUAGAGGUUAAAAAACACUGUAAGACAUUGAAAAGGACAUCAGACCACUGUUCAGUUUUACUGAUAGACAGAUAAACUUUACUGGUGUUGAUAAAUUGGACAAGGUACACAUUAAACACAAUAAUAAAUCACAGUGGAUUAGCAACAAAUUAAACAAUAAAUAAGACGAGAACAUGUUCUUACCUUUAGAAUAUUUUCUCUUUUUCCUGACAGCAAAUUCCUUGAGGAUUGUAAAGUCCAAUCUGUGCAGGAUUUUAUAUUGAUUUUCAUCCCAGUCGCUACUCAUAAUUUACAUCUGAAAUUACCUUUCAAGAUGGAAUACACCAGCCAUGCUCAUGGUACAAACUCUAUG